AGAAGACAGGGCUAAGUUGAUAAAUCCUCUUGGUAAGCAAAGAGCUCUCAGGUACUCUCCUGUUAUCAGUUCACAUCCACUUAUAGCAGUCAGGAUGGUCAUGCUCUGUUGGCAUUGUAGCCGCCAGUGUCAUUAGGUUCCUCGCCUUGGUCAACAGGCCUGGGUUUACUGCGCCACUCAUCUCAUCUUAGCCCCUAAUUGGGGCAUGUUAUAUGUAUUUUGAAAUGACAGUAGAAAUUUAUUGAUGUAUGAAGAGAUUAGCAGUGUCUUGUGAUGUUUGAAAAUGUUUGAACCAGCUCUGUUUACAGGAACAGCGACCAUAUACGGCUAUAGAUCAUAACAAGAAACACAGUGUUAACGAGUACACUAUAUGGCCAAAAAUAUGUGGACACCUGUCCAUCACACAUUUUUUGGGUUUUUUUUUUUUUUUUUUUUUAAAGAAGGUACAGUAUGUAUUCGUAUGCUGUAGCUUUACAAUUUCCCUUCACUGAAACUAUGAAGCCCAGUCCUGUUCCAGCAUGACGAUGCCCCUGUGCACAAAGCGAGCUCCAUGAAGACAUGUUUUGUUAAGGUUGAAGUGGAUGAAAUCGAGUGUCCUGCACAAAGCCCUGACCUCAACCCCACUGAAGACCUUUAGGAUGAACUGGAACGCCAGACCUCCUCAACAUCCCAACAUCAGUGCCUGAUCUCACUAAUACUCUUGUAGCUGAAUGAGCACAAAUCCUCACAGUCAAAACCUAGUGGAAAGCCUUCCCAGACGAGUGGAGGUUAUUAUAACAGCACAGAGAGGACUAAAUCUGGAAUGGGAUGUUCACCAAGCACAUAUGGGUGUGAUAGUCGGGUGUGCACAAACUGCUACGUUUCCCAAAAGAGAGAGAGAGAGAGAGAGAGAGAGAGAGAGAGUUGUAUGUGAUGCUUGCUCCACCAUUUAAUGAUCUCUCUGCUGCAAUGCUUUUGGGAAACUCGACUCAGAAUGUUUGCCGAAACAGUUCAAAGUUUUCCCGUCUUCCUCGACCCUCCUCUCCCCCUGUUAAUCAUUCAAUCUGUACAAUCCGUCAGCUCGCGCUUAUCUACCUCUGUGUCACUUUAUAACUGGCUGUUAAUAUGCCGUGCGCGGCCACGUGACCCAGUCGGCCCAAUGGAGCCUGGGUGUUCGGAAGACGGUGAGACGCGGCUGCAGGUUCCUGAACGCGGGUCACUGAGGCGAGCGAGGCGCGUGGCGCAUGUGGCGAGAUGCGAGCCGUCCUUCAACCUUCAACCCUGAAGCUCUGAGUUCAACCAGUGAGAGGAAAAUAACAGCUAAAGAAAAUGAACAACAGUUCUGAAUUGUUUUAAACAUCACUUGGGAGAGUGGGUUUCUUUCAGCGAAUAACUGGUCCAGGUUGUCUUCAUGUCUUCAAGUUCUGAGUGUGAAGUAGGACAAAGUGACUUCUGUGAAGAUGUGCCAUGUUUAGGUGGAUCGCCGGACAGAGCGGCGUCUCUUCUUCAUUUUAGCGGAGCUGUCAUGCUGCCCAAAGUCGAGUCAGACUGCCUGGGACUCGCUCGGUCGCAUGGGGAACAGGGCCAUAUUCCUGCAAACAUGCAAGCCCCUCAGUUUAAAAUGAUGGACUACUCCUACGAUGAAGACCUGGAUGAGAUGUGUCCCGUGUGCGGAGACAAGGUGUCCGGAUAUCACUAUGGCCUGCUCACCUGUGAGAGCUGCAAGGGCUUCUUCAAGCGCACUGUGCAGAACAACAAGCGCUACACGUGUAUCGAGAACCAGAGCUGUCAGAUAGACAAGACACAGCGUAAGCGCUGCCCUUACUGCCGCUUCCAGAAGUGUCUCAACGUCGGCAUGAAGCUGGAAGCUGUGAGGGCGGACCGCAUGCGCGGCGGUCGCAACAAGUUCGGCCCCAUGUACAAGCGGGACCGUGCGCUCAAGCAACAGAAGAAAGCACUGAUCCGUGCAAGCGGCCUCAAGCUGGAAGCCAUGAACCACACCGUGCAGACCGCACCCGCUGACCUCACUAUCUCUUCCGCCAUCCAGACCAUCCACUCAGCUUCCAAGGGGCUGGCACUGAGCCACCAUCACCACCACCACCACCAUCACCACCAACACCAUCAACAUCACCAGCAUCACCAGUCCAGCUCCGACUAUGACCGCAGCCCCUUUGUCCCGUCACCCGUCAGCAUGGCCAUGCCACCGCAGGGCUACCAGGCAUAUGGGCACUUCCAGAGCCGAGCCAUCAAGUGCGAGUACCCCGAUCCGUACGGCAGCUCACCCGAAUCGCUGAUGGGCUACGCGUACGCCGAGGCGCCAGGCUUCCCGCGCUUGGUAGCUGAACUGCUCAAGUGUGAGCCUGAUGAGCCGCAAGUGCAGGCCAAGAUCCUGGCCUACCUGCAGCAGGAACAGGCCGGCCGCAGCAAGCACGACAAGCUCAACACGUUUGGCCUCAUGUGCAAGAUGGCUGACCAGACGCUCUUUUCUAUCGUCGAAUGGGCACGCAGCAGCAUCUUCUUCCGUGAGCUGAAGGUUGAUGACCAAAUGAAACUUCUCCAAAACUGCUGGAGCGAGCUUCUCAUCCUUGACCACAUUUUCCGACAGGUGAUGCACACCAAGGAGGGCUCCAUCCUGCUGGUUACAGGGCAACAGGUGGAUUAUGCGCUAAUUGCGUCUCAAGCUGGGGCCACACUCAACAACCUCCUGAGUCGGGCGCAGGAGCUGGUGAGCAAGCUGCGCUCCCUUCAGCUGGAUCAGAGAGAGUUCGUCUGCCUCAAGUUCCUGGUGCUGUUUAGUUUAGACGUGAAGAACCUGGAGAACUUCCACCUGGUGGAGAGCGUUCAGGAGCAGGUGAACGCGGCACUGCUCGAUUACGUCAUGUGCAACUACCCGCAGCAGACCGAUAAAUUCGGCCAGCUGUUGCUGCGGCUGCCUGAGAUCCGCGCCAUCAGCCUGCAAGCUGAGGAAUACCUUUACUACAAGCACCUGAAUGGCGAUGUGCCCUGCAACAACCUGCUCAUCGAGAUGCUGCAUGCAAAACGCACCUGAACGAGGCAUUUCCGAAUCAACACGACGCACACACCGCUCCCAGACAACACGCUUCCAGUCCAGAAUCAUCAGCAGCCACAGCAUUGAAACAUGCACUCAGAUGCCUCCACACGUCAGUGCUGUGCUUACGCUGCGCUGAACAGUUCAUGUUGAUUCCGUGGUUUGGGCCAAAAGAGAGAAGGAGAUAAGGGGGUCAAUAAACACUUGAGAAUGAGCUUUUGGAUUAUGGGGAAUCCAUUUAUCCUCCAGUCCAGCAGAACAGUGAUGCAUUGACUUCUGAUCUCUUGGUACAGUUCUAAUAAAUUUACAAAACAUCACCUGUUUUGUGAGCAGCUAAACUUAAGAUAUAAUAAUUUCCCCUCACUGAGACUGAAAGCACGAGGGUUUGAGAUGGCACAUUUCAUUUCUUCUCCAAGACUUGGACCUGUCAGUUCUCUUGACAGUCAAUCAGACGGCUCGAUUCGUGAUAGUGCUUGAGCUGUAGAGUGAAGUCGUCCGGUUCAGCCGAUUGUAACCGUGCCACCCACAGAGACACUUCCCCAGAAAUGUGCAAACAUAAUGAUAGUACACAGUAUAUCUGUUCAAAUAGCAAGACUUUCUUCCUCUUCCUCAAGAGGAUCAAACAUGCACAUUUCCUUCUCUGAAACAAAAAAAAAAGUCAGUUUAUGAACUUUGUACCUGUAAACCAGUACCUGUUCUUUCAUUUCUAAGUUAUUAAACAGUUAUGUUUAUCAGUAUGGUUUCACUGAUGCAGUGUUGGAGAAAGGAACACUAUAAAACUGGAAGAUUAAAAAAAAGACACUUUUUUUUUGCCCAGCAGAACCCCUCAGUAUAAUGUGGAAGACACUGUUGCAGAGCCAAGACGAAGAAAUACUGCCUCAGUCCAAACCAGACCAAAGCCUGCUGCAGAACAAACCCAACAAACAAACAACCUUUAUUGUCAGUAUUAUGUGAGUCUUGCCUUAUUUUAUUGCCAUGCUAGCUAACUGUGCUGAUGUGAACUAUAA